UCCUCAAUCAUCCUCAUCCUUCACGUUCUUCGUGCUUUAUUGGUUCUCCCCAACCACAAAUUAAAGAGAAAUAGAAAAAGACCAUUUUUUUUCACAAUCAAAAAGUUACUUUUUUUAAUCUUUAUUUAAUUUAAUCUAAUUUAAUUUCUUCCAGGUUCUUUUCUCUCUCCUUCUUAGCAUUAAGCAGCUUUUUCUCUUUCUUUGUGGCAUUUUUACUAGACUUUGAAAAAAAGUGUCUUUUUUCCUUUGUGCAUUUCCCUUUUUUCAGGGUCUAUAAAAAGAUAGUUUUGUAGGUUUAUGAAAUUAACUGAAAGUUGUAAGUCAAAUAUAUAUGAGCAGAGAAGAUAUGGCAGCAACAGCAGUUAAAGAUCCAGCAAUCAAGCUAUUUGGAAGAACUAUUUGUUUGCCUGAAUCCCAGUUUUCUGACGACUCUGAAAUUCUGGAUAAUCGAUCCAGCUUGAUAGCUAAAGAAGAAACAGAGGAAUGUAGAAAUGAGAACACUGUAAUACCGGAUCAGGCCGUUUCCACAAAAAGGGCCAUAACUGCACAAACAACUAUGAAGCCGAAGGAUCAGCAGGAGGACUCCGAUAGUGCAGGAGAACAAAAACAAAUGAGAAGACCGGACAAAAUCCUUCCAUGUCCAAGAUGUAAUAGUUCCGAUACUAAAUUCUGCUACUUCAAUAACUACAAUGUCAAUCAACCAAGACACUUCUGCAAAAGCUGCCAGAGAUAUUGGACAGCUGGAGGUACUGUGAGAAAUGUCCCUGUUGGUGCAGGGCGGCGAAGAAACAAGCAUUUAGCUUCUCAAUACCGUCAAGUAAUUGCAUCCUCAGAUGGUGGGGAAACAAUGGUUGCCGAGGUAACAGACUCAGAAAACCAACUACGAUCCUGUGAAGAAUCUUCUAGUUCUUGUACAGGUUCAAGUUCAAAAGAAAUGGUACUGAAAUUUGGCCCUGAAUCACCUCACUGUGAUAAUUCCACACCAAACUUGUUAAGCAACAGACAGAGUAACGAAUGCUCUGAGAUAAGAGGGGUCAAUGGUGAUUUUCCCCAAUUAUAUCAUUACGUUGUUCCUCCACAAGUUACUGGUUCAAGCCCUCAUUCAAAUGGUUCGGUGUCCUUGGCAGUUCCUGGAUACGCCUCACCUAAUGUUUCUUAUCAGAUUGUUCCUGCUGCUUAUAUGAACUGCAUUCCUGUUUGGGUUGCUGGGUCAGGAAAUUUAUCGUUAGCCAUGUCAAAUGGGUGUGUCUCUCCAUCCCUCUAUAGUAGUGGUAGUCGGUUGCAAGUUCUAGGCAAGCAUUCCAGAGAUAUUAAUCAAGCGCAUGAGCGGAGAACUGAAGAGGGUGCAGCUCCAAAAACAAUAAAAAUUCACGGUUUAGAUGAAGCGUGAAAAGUUUCUUAUCUUGGAAUUUUUUUACAGUCAAGAUUCAAACAUAAAGAACGCUUUGGCUUGCGAAGGACAGACAUGUACAGGGAUUCUGAUAGAACUGUUGGCUUGAUGGCCGUAGUUUUAUACAUGUCCAAACUGUUCAGCAGAAAUUCAACCAGGAAAAUUGAUGGGCAUAUAUCAUUCUUCUAUUCAAUUUCUUUUUGUAUGACAGUGCUGAAGAAAAGAAUUUGAGCUAAUGUGACAGAAAUCGCAUCAAUCUGACUAGGAAGUUGCAGUAUUUGUGAAAAAAGACAUACAACUUAGACAUCAGAAUAAUCCUUUUGGUCUCAGAAGUCUGCAUACAUGUAGUUAUCAUCCAAAGCAAGGUCUUGUUGAAUUUUAAAAUCCUCCUUUUCUUAGGUAAAGUAUAUAAAUAUUCCUAGAAUGAUAAGAUAUGUAGUGGUUUUUCAUGUCUAAGUUAGCUACUUUUUAGGCAACUAUUGACAAAAAAUGAAUUUGAGAUGAAAUUGAUCGUUCUUUUUCUGCUUGAUUGAAAGCUACUA